UAAGUCUAACAAAUAUUUCCAUAUAAUUAAUUAUUUUAGCUUUUGCAGUCUGCGAUUCAUACUAUGCCUGGUCAGUCAUUGCGGUGACUUUGAAUCGACUGGGACUGGGUCGUCGGCGAGCAAUGUUCCUGAAACGGAAAUGCCGCAAGAGAAACGCCAUCCGGUUGCGGAAAUGCCAUCCAGGCGUCGGCACGCCCUCGAGACACUGGUCAUCUUCCGGCGUAGCCUCAUCUAUCAGACGAAGGAGUUCUUCCAGAACUCAACGCUGCACGGUGUUCGCUAUAUAGCCGAAUCGGGUAGACCCAUUGGUGAGAAGUUCAUGUGGUUCUGUUUCACCUCAAUUGGAGCUGUCACCGCAUUGGUCAUCAUUAUGAGUCUCUGGGAGAAGUUCCAAACGAAUCCCACUAUCACCGGUCUGGAUACGGAUUUUCACAAUCAGAAUGUUGUCUUUCCCACCACCGUUGUCUGUCCAGAGGCAGCCUUUGACCAUGACAAAACCGAAGCUGUUGUAUACAAGACCCUGGCAAACUACGACGAAGACGAGGUUCCCAAGUACACUUCAUUUCUGGAGGUGCUUACUUCACUGAGCUUUGAGAGAAUUGGUGAUGCCAAACUUCUGGCCCAGUCAAUACCCAAGGUCAAGCUGGAGGAGAAUACCCUAAGGCAGUGGGCCUUCGAGGCUCAUAUAAGCUGUGAAAGUACCUUUGUCUCCUGCAAAUAUCGAGAUGAGGAGAUACCCUGCUGUGAGCACUUUGAACCCAUUUACACAGAACAUGGAUUUUGUUAUGCCUUCAAUAGUCGCUUCAAGUCAACGGCCACUGAGGAUGUCAAGACGGGAGCUCCCCAUGAUCUUUACGAGACGGACAAAAAGUGGGCACUCUUCUUUGUGCCUAAUAGCACUUCCAGGAUCUUUAUAUUCUCAAAUGAGGAGUAUUUUGGCUCUGACUUUAAUGCCCAGAUCGAUUGGUCAGAGAGUCAGCUGGUGGAGGUUAGGAUAUCCAAGAAGAAUACCUACACCACGGAUGAUGCUCGGCAGCUAUCUAUUGGGCAGAGGAAAUGCAUUUUCAGUGAUGAGGUUAAGCUCAACUAUUUCCCAGAUGCAUAUACCUUCUCCUCCUGCAUGAAACAGUGUCGGAUGAACAAGGCCAUAAAGCUUUGCAAGUGUAAUCCACCAUUUUACAAGCCCAUAGUCAAUGUUCCCAUGUGCAUGCUAAAGGAUCUGGAUUGCCUCAAUGAGUUCAAGGCGAAUAUCACCAACAUCAAGGACUGCCUUCAGUGUGAGCUUAGCUGUUCAAAGACCGUUUUUAACAUUGAUAAACUCAUCAAAAUUGUGGACCGGCCAGAGAGCACAGGUGUGCUGGUGGAGUUCCUUACCUGGCCCAUUAUCCGAUAUAAACGUGAAGUUCUCUUUGGUUGGGUGGAUCUUCUGGUGUCUUUCGGUGGCAUAGCCAGUCUUUUCCUAGGAUUCAGUCUACUCUCCGGAGUGGAGAUUAUCUACUACUUUACACUUCGUGCCUGCUGUAUGGUCUAUAAAAAUCGGCAAGAGCUCUAUGAGAUCGAGGAGCGAAUUCGUCGUGAACCACCGCCCAGUAUAGAUCUCAAAUUGAGUUUGAGAUCACAUUCAAAGCCUCAAUUUGGUGACACGCCCACAUCGGCAGUGGUUCAGGUGAAACCAGCCAUUGAAGGUCAGAACUUUGGGUCUCAGGGUCCUUUAUGGGUCCAUCAAAGGAGAAACGAAAAGGAUUAUAUUAACCAAACAAAGAAUUACUAUCGUACACCCAAAGUUUUACCCGAUCAUGGUUACACCAAUAAGACAACCAAUCCCUGGACAACCUACGAUCAUUCACAAUAUAUGCCCUGAAGUUAUCAAAAAUAAAUAUAUAAAUAUAAAUAAAACAAAAUAAAAUACCUCAAUCUUAAAUUUAAAGAUCAACAAUAUGGAUUAAGAAGCAACAAGGACAAAAGAAAUCAUACAGAAGUUUCUAAGCUUUUACAAACUUAUUAAAGUUGAUAUAAUUUGAUAAAAAACUGUCAUAAAUGCUGAACUCCAUGAAAUAUUAAUCACUAAAAAAUA